CAUCAGAAGCCUUUCACGGCAGCCCGUCUACUCCCCCCUGCUACCUUCACUCUGUGUGGUGGGAGGUCCUGGGUGAGCCGGGAUGGCUUGUCAUUACAGGUGUCGGUGACCUUCGAGGAUGUGGCUGUGCUCUUCACGCGGGAUGAGUGGAGGAAGCUGGGUCCUUCUCAGAGAAACGUGUACCAGGAAGUGAUGCUGGAGAACUACAGUAACCUGGUCUCACUGGGACUCCUGUUUUCCAAACCAAAAGUGAUCUCCCUGUUGCAGCAAGGAGAAGAUCCCUGGAGGGUAGAGAAAGAAAGUCCUGGAGGCCCCUCUCUAGGAUGGAAGAGCACUCACAAAACCACGAAGUCAACUCAGACGCAGGAUUGUUCUUUUCAGGAGUUGAUGAUGAGAAGAUCCAGAAGAAAUGGACCCUGGGACUUUAAAUCAGAAAAACCCUGCAUUUAUGAAGACAGAUUAGAGAAAAAGCAGGAGAAAAAAGAAAGUAUUCAGACAGUUUCAGUUACCCACAAAAAAAUCCUCAUUGUAGAAAGAAGCCAUAAAAAUAAUGAAUUUGGCCAAAACUUUAGCCCAAAGUCGGUCCUUGUUAGGCAACAGAUGGUUCCCAGAGAAAAAACACCACCAAAAUGUGAAAUACAAGGAAACAGCUUCAAACAGAAUCCAUAUUUGCUUAAUCAACGAAAAAUCAACACCGCAGAGAAACGCUAUAAAUGUAGCAUUUGUGAAAAAACCUUCAUUAACACUUCAUCUCUUCGCAAACAUGAGAAAAACCAUAGCGGAGAGAAAUUAUUUAAAUGUAAAGAAUGUUCAAAAGCCUUCAACCAAAGUUCAGCUCUCAUUCAGCAUCAAAUAACUCAUACUGGAGAGAAGCCCUACGUAUGUAAAGAAUGUGGGAAAGCCUUCACUCUGAGUACAUCCCUUUACAAACACCUAAGAACCCACACUGUGGAGAAAUCCUAUAGAUGUAAAGAAUGUGGUAAAUCCUUCAGCAGAAGGUCUGGCCUUUUUAUACAUCAAAAAAUCCACGCUGGAGAAAAUCCCCAUAGAUACAAUCCAGGUAGGAAGGCAUCCAGCACUUCCCUUCCCGGAUGUCAGAGAAUUCAUCUCAGAAAGAAGUCCUAUUUAUGUAAUGAAUGUGGCAACACCUUUAAGUCUAGCUCAUCCCUUCGUUAUCAUCAGAGGAUUCACACGGGAGAGAAACCUUUCAAGUGCAGUGAAUGUGGGAGAGCCUUCAGUCAGAGUGCAUCUCUUAUCCAGCAUGAAAGAAUUCACACUGGAGAAAAGCCCUAUCGAUGUAACGAAUGUGGAAAAGGUUUCACUUCUAUUUCACGACUUAAUAGACACCGGAUAAUUCAUACCGGUGAGAAGUUUUAUAAUUGUAAUGAAUGUGGCAAAGCCUUAAGUUCUCACUCGACGCUUAUCAUUCAUGAAAGAAUUCACACUGGAGAGAAACCGUGUAAAUGUAAAGUGUGUGGGAAAGCCUUCCGACAGAGUUCAGCUCUCAUUCAACAUCAGAGGAUGCAUACCGGGGAAAGACCCUAUAAAUGCAACGAGUGCGGGAAAACAUUCAGGUGUAACUCAUCCCUUAGUAAUCAUCAGAGAAUUCACACAGGAGAGAAACCAUAUCGGUGUGAGGAAUGCGGGAUAUCUUUCGGCCAAAGUUCAGCUCUUAUUCAGCAUCGGAGGAUUCAUACAGGAGAGAAGCCCUUUAAAUGUAACACAUGUGGGAAGACUUUCAGACAGAGCUCAUCACGUAUUGCCCAUCAGAGAAUUCAUACUGGAGAGAAACCAUAUGAAUGUACUACAUGCGGGAAACUUUUCAAUCACAGGUCAUCUCUUACUAAUCAUUACAAAAUUCAUAUCGAGGAGAACCCCUAGGAAGUAAAUUUGCAUGUGUGAAAGCCUUAAACCAAAGCUCAUCAGAAUAUCCGAGAGUGAUACAACAGAAGUAAUGGGUAGGAAAAACCUUUCUGUGAUGUAGGCCUCGUCAGAUACCAGAUUCCAAGGAUAAACCUUGACUAUGUAAUAGAUAAUGAGGAAAGUAGGAAGUGUUCAUGCCUGCCAGGCACUUUUGAAAAUAACCUGAAAUGAAGAAUUCACAACUGGAGACACUGACUUUGGGCAUUUGUAAAAUAAUUCUCUUCUAGAGCAGUGUACACGAGAUACCUAAACAUCUGGGUGAGGGGAGGUGUGCACUGGAUUUCUCAUUAAAAAGAAACUUAUAAAUUGGUAAUACUUUUUUUUUUUUUUACAACUAACAUUUAAUAGCAUAUAAAAGAUGUGAUUGAAUUCUACACUUUUAGAGAAAAGGACCAAAUAAAAGAUUAAAAACAACAACAAAAAAGAGCUGUGAACUACCUCUCCGUUUCUGGGGUUUGUCCUUUUCCUGACCUGAUGUCAAAUUCUGUGCAUGGAUUUCAUUUAAAAAUAGAAAUAAAAGUCUGUUGUCUUCA